AGGAAGUAUAGGCCUAUGUGACAAUACUUCCUCAUUUAGGUUUAGUAAUUUAUCAAAGUAUGGCGACCUUGUGUUUCCCCAUCGCUAUUCUACUAACUCUCCUCCAUCAAGCAGAGCCCAGUGCUGAGACCUCUGUGUUUGUGCUGAAGGGACAGGAUGUUCGCCUGAAUGUCCAGACAAAUGUUCAACUGAAAGAAGAUGUUGAUGUGCUAUAUUGGAAGUUUGACACAUCAGUCAAUGUUGUAAAGUACCCCCCAAAAGUUACCUUUGAAAGGUACCGAGGUAGGGCUGAAUGUAGUGAGGAAGACUUCUCUCUGCUACUGAAGAACCUCCAGGAAGAAGACAGUGGACUUUAUGAAGCAGUAGUGACUGGUAACAAUGACAGAAACGUUGCUAAAUACUUGAUAAAAGUCCAAGAGAGAGUUGAGCCUCCAGUCCUGACAGUGGACUCUGUCUCCUCCAUCAAUGGCACCUGUAACGUGACUGUGGCCUGCAGAGGUCAGAACACCUCUGUCAACUCCAGCUGUAACAGCAGCACCUGCUCUCAGGUGGGAGGAGAGAGAAGAAGGGCUGAGACAACCACUGUCCCCCUGCUCUCUGUCUAUGUGGCAGGGGGUUCCAUCAUCUGUAACCACAGCAACCAAGUCAGCUGGGCCAACGACACCAAGGAGAUCAAAACAAUUUGUCUGGAAAAAGAGCGGGACAAGGAGGACCAUAACUACGCUGUCACAGUCGGGAUGCCAGGUCCCAUCAUCCACGUCAUCAUCAUCUUUGUUGGAUGCGCCUUGAUUGGUUGGUGAAAGCUAAAUAAAGACUCCAGGUAACAGUCAUGUAGGUGGUGAAGAGCAGGAAUCUCCAGGUCCAGCAUCACCCUCCAUCUACAGUAUGGUGGGACUACCCCAACCCCAGCCUAUGAACCAUUCCACCAUGAUGGGAGACCAGUCUCCACCUGAGGACUUCCCCAUGACCUCCAUGACCAUGCCUGAGAGUUUAAAUGCUACUGUAUGGUGGGGGAAAAAGAGAAGCAAACAAUAAUCAGGAAUUUUAACAUCAUCUUAGACCAGGAUUCUAUCACAUAGCUUUUUGUCAGCUAUACACCUUUGAAGGCAAUGUUCCCGCGUUCACUGAGAAAACAUUCAAUUCAGUUCAGUCGGGAAAUUGUGUUUAAAUGUACAUAGCUGACAAACCAUGAUCAAAUUGAAUCUUGGCCUAAGACCGCGUAAUAUCUGUGCUGUAGCGUGAUUGAAAUUUAAAGGCAAUGUACCUGCUUGUGUGGGGACUGCAUCGGUAAACUCUGCAAAUGUCGGCUCAAUCGGAAAUGACCUUUACAUUUCUAUCGUGCUACAAUUCGGAUAUUCUUCCAAACAACGAUCAACUACAGAUGAAGGAUCUUAAUUUGACCACACUGUUGUUGCAGGAAAUGCAAACUUGUAGUGCAUUCGAGGUUUAAAAAUGCUUCUAAAGUUUGGAAUUUACACUUUAAAAUAUCAAACUUGAUUUGCCAAUACAAAAAAUCUAAAACCUACACAAACAUUUUCAUUCAUUAUAUCCCCAUAAUCCUGAUGCUUCAGGAUAUUUUCCUGCUGUGAGAAACUGGUCAAAUUAAGAUCCUACAUCUGUAAGCACAGCUGUCUUUGAAAAUGUUAAAUAUAUUUUUUUUUCCCUUGUAAAUUUUUUUUAACCAUCAUGACGGUAGUAUGCUGUAAAAGUACAGAAAAAUAAGUGAACAUUUCAAAUUAUUCAUCAUAGUGGGUAUUAAACAGAAACAAAUCAUUAAUCAUAGUGGGUAUUAAACAGAAACAAAUCAUUAAUCAUAGUGGGUAUUAAACAGAAACAAAUCAUUAAUCAUAGUGGGUAUUAAACAGAAACACAUCAUUCAUCUUAAUGGGUAUUAAACAAAAACAAAUCAUUUAUCAUAGUGGGUAUUAAUCAGAAAAAAAGAAUGUGUAAUGGUCGGUAUUAAACAGAAACAAAACUUUCAUCAUGGUGGGUACUAAUCAGAAACAAAUGAGCCAAAAACAUGUGAUACUGUAUAGUCAGAUAUUCUUAUAUCAUGUUAUGCUGUGCAUUAUACUAUGUCAUGUAAUGCUAUAUUAUGGCAGGCCCUAAUAAUAUGCCUUGAAAUGCUAUGCUAUCUUACAUUAGGCUAAAGACAUGCUACGGUACUUUGGCGACUGGUAAGUGUUUUUUUCCUUUGGGCUGUAUGUUUCAAUGUGUAGUUCAUACAUGCAUAAUCUAUACGCAGAAUUAACGUUUUACCUCAAUAAGCAACUGUUGUCUGGAAGCUGUGCGGCACCAUUUUCCCUACAUUUACCUCAACGUGCGCCAGCCCGCUAGAAAUUCGAGUUUCAGCCAAUGAGCUUCAGCCCCUUGCCAUUUGAGUGACAGCUAGACACACACAGCAGAGCGAGAGAGAGCAAUGAAGUGUUACACAUAUCUGCACAUUUGUUGGAGUAGCACGCAAUUUUCAGGUCCCACUUUUGGCUUGUGAGCGUUACUUUCAGAACUACUUCCUAAAAAAAUAUAACAAAUAAAAAAAGAAUAUCUAAGGUAUGUUAUUUUUAUAGCAACAAAUGAAAAGAAAAAGUAAAUAUUUUUUUAAACGUUUUAAAUUACCCAAUCUGGUUUACAUGUGCAGGCAACAUCCUUCUGUUUCUGUGUACAUUGUUACAUAAAAAGGAACAUAAUUAUUAAUCUCAUGAUUAUACUAUCUGCUGCUGUAUGGGGCGGCAGGGUAGCCUAGUGGUUAGAGUGUUGGAUUAGCAGUCGAAAGGUUGCAAAUUCAAAUCCCCGAGCUGACAAGGUACAAAUCUGUCAUUCUGCCCCUGAACAGGCAGUUAACCCAUUGUUAACUAGGCCGUCAUUGAAAAUAAGAAUUUGUUCUUAACUGACUUGCCUAGUUAAAUAAAGGUAACAAAUAAAAAUUAAACAUUGUAAAUAAUAUCGUCACUGUGGGAAGCCCUGUCAAUUGUAAAAAUACAAUAAACAUAAUUCUGUCA